AAAACAUUUUGUAGUGUUUAUUAAAUUACAAGUGUUAUUAUUGUUGCUCUUUUCCACGCUGAACAACAAUGUUUAAUGCAAAUGCACAAAAUUGGCUUAGCAUGGGCGACACGCUGACAGCGUCAGCGCUAACAUCACGGCCGAAUAUUGUCAGCAACGUUGGCCAGGCGCUUAACAAUAACAAUGCGAACGCUCAAUCGCAUCAAUUUAUGCGUCAACGGUCACUAACCAGCUCCAAUCAGACGCUGGAACGCAAUGGUCUAACAUUGAGACCACAAUCGCCGCCAAAUGUGCAAGUGGAAUAUGAAGUUGCUAUGCCAUUUAUGCCUGCCUACAGACAUACGCCAUAUCACUCAUUAUGGGAUCUGCAUCAGUGCUCAUCCACACCACCCACGAGCUUGUCGCAUAUGGCGCGCAUGAUGGACUCAUUAAUAUUGGACACGCUGUCACCGUUUGCCUUCACCAAAAUCACCGCCACUAGUCGACCCACGCGCAAUAGCAACAAUGCCGUCAAGAAGACGCCGCCGGACAGUGGAAGUGUGACAUCCAGUCACACGCAAGCACAUCGGCCGAUAAAUAAUCUGGGCGCCAAUGCACCCAAUGGCUUGGGAAUUGGCAGCGCAAUGCCGCUGCGCAGCAAGCAGCGUUUGCCCACACAAGCUUCCAAUGCAGAGGUGGCGCCACAGCCGCGGUCUAAUCAGCCAGCGAUGCCGUUUCCCUCACAGCAGCCGCAGGACAUACGCUGGGUAUCAUCGUUGCGUCGACGCGAUCCUGAGCUACAGCCUACGCUGCCCUCGAUCAACAGCAAUCUGCAUAAUAAUAUGCAACAGAGUCAUCAUGGCAGUGCCGGCAAUGUGGGCGUGGCUGCCAGUAACAAUAAUGCCGGAGUUGGCUUGCGUCUAGCACGCCCCACCAGAGCUUCAGCCUUGACGGCAGCUGUGCGUAAAAGUCGCUCUGUGGAGCGUCUGAGAGCGCGCAAGCUGAGCACAAAUACGCAGCUGACGCUUAAGCAUAAGCCGGUUAAGAAGAAUUCACUGGAUGACAAUUCCAAUUCUGAUGAUCAGGAUGCCACCACAUCAAUUGAAGAUAACUCGCUGGCUCAGUCAACCAUUCACCAUACGCCGCGUUACUCGCCCAAGACCAAGGCUAAGCACUUCUCACCGUUGGGCUACGAAGGCCACUUGGUGGACACGCUGGAGAAAGAUAUACUCCAGCGACAUCCGUGCAUCAAAUGGACAGAUGUGGCGGGCCUUAAUGAGGCCAAAACUAUACUGCAGGAAGCUGUAGUGCUGCCCAUUAUAAUGCCAGAGUUCUUCAAGGGCAUACGUCGUCCUUGGCGUGGUGUCUUAAUGGUGGGCCCACCGGGCACAGGCAAAACCAUGCUAGCCAAGGCAGUGGCCACCGAAUGCGGCACUACAUUCUUCAAUGUCUCCUCAUCCACACUCACAUCCAAGUAUCGUGGCGAAAGCGAAAAGCUCGUGCGUUUGCUUUUUGAAAUGGCGCGAUUCUAUGCCCCCAGCACCAUUUUUAUAGACGAAAUCGAUGCAUUGUGUGCCUCGCGUGGCAGCGACUCGGAGCAUGAGGCUAGUCGUCGAUUUAAAGCGGAGCUAUUAAUACAAAUGGAUGGACUUAAUGCAAGCAUGCAGGAGGAGAAGGUUAUUAUGGUGCUGGCGGCGACAAAUCAUCCUUGGGACAUUGAUGAGGCCUUCCGACGACGCUUCGAGAAGCGCAUUUACAUACCGCUGCCGAAUGAGGACACACGUUCUGCGCUGCUCAAGCUUUGCCUCAAGGAAGUGUGCCUGGCGCCUGAGCUAAACACCAGCAAGCUGGGUGAGGAGCUGCAGGGUUAUUCCGGCUCGGACAUAAGCAAUGUAUGCCGUGAUGCCUCAAUGAUGGCCAUGCGUCGCCUUAUCUCAGGUCGCACGCCGCAGCAGAUAAAGCAAAUCAGACGCGAGGAUGUGGAUCAGCCUAUAACGCUGCAGGAUUUUCUCGACGCGCAGCAGCGCACCAAGAAAUCUGUGUCGGCCGACGAUGUGGCACGUUUCGAGAAAUGGAUGGAAGAGUAUGGCUCCUGCUAGUUGUAUGGUUUGUGUGCUGCUGCUGCUGCGGCAUCACCAGAUUUAUAAGCUCUCCCAUUUCCAAUAUUUACAACCAUAUGUACUUCCAAUAUGCGCAUAUUUAUCCCCUUUUUUUUGUUUUAUAAUAAUUUAUAAAUGU